AAAAAUGAAGUGGUGUUUUGGUAAUUUUAGGAAUCACAUAAUGCUCAAAAUUGAGUUCUCGUCCCUUUUUAAAUACCAGGCAACCUAAAAUUCAGAGAGAGAGAGAGAGAGAGAGAGUCAUGGUUUCUAGGAAGCACAAGAGAACAGCCAUGUAUAAGAAUCUGCAACUGCUUCGAUCCAUCACUAAUUCCCAUGCGCACAGUAAAACCUCGAUUAUAUUAGAUGCAUCAAAGUACAUAGAAGAUCUAAAGCGAAAGAUAGAUGUAAUGAAUCAAAAAAUUGCCGUGGCACAGGACUCCGAGGCCCAAGCUUCACUGCCUCAGAUUAAAGUAGAAGCCCAAGAAAAGGGUUUCCUGAUUGAGGUUUUCAACAAAAGAAGUUGCUGUGGUUUGCUUGUUUUCAUAUUGGAAGCCUUUGAAGAGCUAGGCCUUGAUGUGCUCCAAGCUAGGGUUUCUUGCUCUGACAACUUUCAUUUAGAAGCCAUGGGAGCAAAAGUUAAUGAAGGAGAUGAUGAGGUUGAUGCUCAGGUGGUGACAGAAGCAGUUUUGGAAGCUAUUAAAAAUUGGAGCGAAAUUAGCGAGAAAUAAUUAUAAAAGCAACUUUUUAGUUUCAUGUUUUAACUAGCAAGCUAGCUAGAUGAAGCUGUCUAGUGUAGGUUACUCUUUCAUAUAAUGGUUAAUACUUGUGAAAGUAUGGUCCAGAGAGUUCCAAACACUACAUACAAUAUCGAUCAUGUUGACAUGUGAGUGCGUUUGUUUUCAUGUGCUGUGGGAAACAAUAACAGGAAGAAAUGUUUUAA